UGGUUGGCGGGUUGUUUCCGAGAACCGGCUCAAACCCACGAAUGAAAAUUACAGAGAAGAGAAGGUAAAAGACUAUGAAAUUAGAACUCAAUUAUUUAAGAAAAUAUAAUAAAAAAUAAAAACAAAAAACCCACACUUUCUCUUCGAUUCCUUUGAAGCUCCCAAAGCCUCUGUGCAGAGGGAGGGAGAGAGAGCGCGCGCGAUAAAGAUAGGAAGGAAAGAGAUCCAUGGCUCCAAUCCGCAGACAUUAGCUUCUCGUGCAUACCAAUACAUAUCAAAAUCGCAUUUUGUCUUAAGGUUUCAGAUUUGGUAUUUGAAGCCAAUAUUUGGAAUAAAAACUCAUUUUGGGUGAAUUUGGGGUUGUGAAUUGGAAGUGGGUGCUGGAAGAAGUUGGAGAUAUUUGGCUGGAGUUUAUGAACCUUCACUGUAGUGUUGUUUAGUGACCUUUGUCUUACUGGCUAAGCGGGCAAGGGGAAAGCAACUUGGGCAUGGAUAUGGCUGAUGUAGCAGGUUUGGCAGAGGCUGCAGGAUCAAGAUUUAGUCAAUUGGAGCUGAUUGGAAGAGGAUCCUUCGGCGAUGUGUAUAAAGGGUUUGAUAAGGAGCUUAAUAAAGAAGUUGCAAUAAAAGUAAUCGAUUUGGAAGAGUCAGAGGAUGAGAUUGAGGACAUUCAGAAGGAAAUUUCAGUUUUGUCACAAUGUCGAUCUCCUUAUAUUACAGAGUACUAUGGUUCCUAUCUCAACCAGACAAAACUAUGGAUAAUAAUGGAGUACAUGGCCGGUGGCUCUGUUGCUGACCUACUCCAAUCAGGUCCUCCGCUAGAUGAAAUGUCAAUGGCCUGUAUUCUUCGUGACUUGCUGCAUGCAAUUGAAUAUUUACAUAAUGAAGGAAAAAUUCACAGAGAUAUUAAAGCGGCAAACAUUUUAUUGACAGAGAAUGGUGAUGUUAAGGUGGCAGAUUUUGGUGUUUCUGCACAACUUACAAGGACGAUAUCAAGGAGGAAGACAUUUGUAGGAACACCAUUCUGGAUGGCUCCAGAGGUAAUCCAGAAUUCUGAAGGAUACAAUGAGAAGGCAGAUAUCUGGUCUCUGGGAAUCACUGCUAUUGAGAUGGCGAAAGGGGAACCGCCACUUGCUGAUCUUCACCCGAUGAGAGUUCUUUUCAUUAUACCUCGAGAAAAUCCACCUCAGUUGGAUGAGCAUUUUUCUCGACCAAUGAAAGAAUUUGUUUCACUUUGUCUAAAGAAGGUACCUGCUGAGCGUGCAAGUGCCAAGGAACUACUAAAGCACCGUUUUAUCAGGACUGCUAGAAAGAGUCCAAGGCUUAUGGAGAGAAUAAGAGAGCGUCCAAAAUACCAUAUAAAGGAAGAUGGUGACACCGUUAAAAAUGGUCCUACAGCUAGAGGGGAGAUAUCUGAUACCGUGAAAGUGACAAGAAAUUUAAGAGAUGAAACUGUUCGAGCUAGUGACCAGGGUAAGACCGUGAAAAAUGCUGGAUGGGAUUUCAGCAUUGGAUCACAGGGUACAGGUACUGUUAGAAGUGUUGCAACACUUAAACCACCUCAGGCAAGAGAAAAAAAGCCGGAAACUCCUGGAAGAGAGAGUAGUAACCAACGGUUCUUAGCAUCUGGGAAUGCACUUCAUGACUCACGCGAAGAUUAUUUGUUGAAAGAUGGUAGAGAUUCAUAUGGUGAUGAACUCCAGGAGUCUAACCCUGAAGAUGAAGAAUUGACUGUGAGUGGGUCAGGAACUGUUGUUAUACGAACACCCAAAGGAUCUCAGUCAUCUUCUCAGUUUCGUGAUCAAAACUCUCUGCCUAGCAGCACAUACGCUUCUUAUGAAGAUGCUUCUUCCAGCGGAACUGUUGUUUUUCGUGGGCAACAUGAUGAUUCUGAUUCUCCUCGAACGCCAAAAUCCAGGCUGGGAAUUCAAGAGAGAACUUCAACUGCCUCAACUGAAGACAGUGCCAUUAAUCUUGCAGAGGCAAAGGCUGCAAUUCAAGGAGGGAGGAAAGGAAAUGCUAAAGAUAGGUCUGCACUUAACAAGAUCAACUAUGAUGCGCACGAUAGAAGAGGGCAGAUGACGAAUAGCUCUGAUUCUUCCAGACAAUCUCAUGAAUACAUUGAUGCACCAAAAGUAUUUCCAAGAUCAUCCCAAGCAAGUGAUGAUGAAGAAAGUGCAAAAGUUAUAGCACAAUCUGCGGCAUUAUCAAUAUUGCUUAUCCCUUCUUUAAAAGAGGCACUUGCUGAUGAUUCAGAAGGGUCUGCUGUGCGUUCAGUUGCAAAGUCGCUUGCAAAGUUGGAGAGCUUGAAGCCGGGAUCUUCUGAAGUUUUUGUCAGCAAAUUGCUUCAGCGAUUAGCAAGUUCAAAUAGUUCAAAGGAAUCUUCAUUGAAAGAUCUGCAGGAGCUGGCUGCUCGCAUUUUCACCAAGGGCAAGACAGCUUCUGAAGAAACUCAGAACACAAAGGCAGAAGACAAGAAAAGGCAGCAGAACAAGGAAUUUCAAUCCAACGCAAACAUAAGCCCACUUGCAAGAUUUUUGCUCUCAAGAUGGCAAGGCCAAGUUUCACGCGAUCUCAAUCCGGCUUGAAAGAGGUUCAAGUAGUGAUUGGAUAUUUGUUUUGUAGUGUGAUUCCUGUUUAUGCAUUUAUCUCCUGAUUUGAUGAUGUACAUAUCAUUGUAAGAAAUUGUGUUUUUUCAUCUUUUAUGAUUAUUUUUUAAUUUAACAAUUUUGUUUGCAA